AUGAACUACACUUGUGUCUCCCAAGCAACAAACCUGACUAUGGAUCCACUCGGGGGUCAUCAGAUUUGGGAGGUGGUCCUGAUUGUACUCGUAACUGGACCUCUCUCCCUUGUCACCAUCCUGGGUAACCUCCUGGUGUUCAUCUCCUUUCGAGUCAACGCACAGCUGCGUACGGUCAGCAACUACUUCCUGCUGAGCUUGGCUGUGGCGGACCUGACCUUGGGUAUCGUGUCCAUGAAUCUCUACACAGCUUACAUCAUCCUGAAUCGCUGGCCGCUUGGCCAGUUGGCCUGUGAUCUGUGGCUGGCCCUGGAUUAUGUGGCUAGUAACGCCUCAGUAAUGAACCUCUUACUCAUCAGUUUUGACCGCUAUUUUUCUGUAACGCGCCCGUUAACUUACAGAGCCAAGCGGACAACCAAGAGAGCCGCUGUGAUGAUAGCUCUGGCCUGGGUGGUGUCCUUUGUGCUCUGGGGCCCUGCUAUUUUGUUUUGGCCUCACGUAGUUGGCCGUUCAUCCGAAGAUGAAGAGGUGGUCCAGAAUUGUUCUAUUCCUUUCCUGAAUGAACCCGUGCUAACGUUUGGUACAGCCAUUGCGGCAUUUUACCUUCCUGUCAGCAUCAUGAUCAUCUUGUACUGGAGAAUAUACUGGGAGAUUGAGAACAGGUCCAAAGGAUUUGCUGGAUUUAUGGGGUCUAAUAACACUGGAGAGGCUAGUUCUGAUGGAUCCACAAGGCAAUCUGUAUACUCAAACAGUGGCCCUUCACCCUCAAGAGAGAUGCAUGCUGGGAAAGGCCAUCAGCAGAGCUGGAAGGGACCAGUUGGAUGUUUCCCCAAGAGGCAGAAACUGUCUCCACUGGUUGUAAAUAGAAAAGCAGCCAAGCUGUCGCAAAUAGUAGGCGAGAACUAUAGGGAGGCAUGCAGCACCAGCAGCUGGAACGUCGAUGAGGAAGAUGACGACGAUGAUGGUGCCAUGUCCACGUCCACAGAAGAAGAGCAAGAGCAGAGUAUGAAGGGCUCAGGCUUAGGAGCAUCUAAUCCCGUAGUCAUCAGGCUACGAGAUCUACAAGAAGGGAAAUUUGAGGGGAGUCAUGGGACCCACUUGUCAACAUCUAGAGCAGCAGAUCCGAAAGACAGUCCACCCUGCAGAGGCUCCUCCUUCAAAAAAUGUUCCAAAUCUUUGGACCUCAGCCUCCGAAAGAUGUCAAAAGCCAAACAGGGGGCAAACAUGAUCAUCAGGGAAAAAAAAGCUGCUCGAACCCUUAGCGCCAUCCUGCUCGCGUUCAUUAUCACGUGGACGCCGUACAACAUCAUGGUGCUGGCGUCGAUCUCCUACUGCAUCCCCGACAAGCUGUGGCAAUUAGGAUACUGGCUCUGUUACGUCAACAGCACCAUCAAUCCUGUCUGCUACGCUCUGUGUAACAAGUCCUUCAGAGUCACCUUCAAGAGGCUUCUGCUUUGUCGGUACGGAAACAGGAGGAAGUGGCAGAGCAGUCGCCACGGUUACCAUGCAUCUGUGAGGCUUCAGAAGUCGUGCAGUAUGAUAUGA